AUGAUAUCCACGCUUCCUCCACCUCGACCCGUGUCGGUCAAUUCGUUGGCCCGCGCGCCAGCCACCCCUCCACUGCCGUUCCAGAAGACGAGCCGUAGUACCAGCGCAGAUAUACAGAUCCUCGAUGGCCCUGAUCUGAGCGUCCUGUCAAAUCCACACGUGCAAUGCCAUGGCGCCUCGGACACAGAAAUGACUGAUUCUCAAUGGACCCCGGCGGAGGAGCCGCGGUCUCAGCAACGCUUCGAACUGCGCUUUGAGAAUCUGCCCGUGGAGAUACAUGAUGCCAUUCUCGACCAUCUGUUUGGCGAGCGAGCAUCUACCCUGACUACAACCACCCCUGGAAAGUCCUCCGCCCGGAGCUGGAGUAAAGCUUUGCGCCAUCCGCGACGGAAGGCGCUCUCGAAUCUUGCGCUGAUCUCACCAAUAUGGAGGCCUCUCGUGCAGGAUCGUAUUUAUAGACAUAUCAAGGUGAAGGGGACAACGGAUGCCCUCGCGGAGUGCGGGCAAUGGUUCCGUGAUCAUCCUCAUCUAGUCUCAUACGUGAGACACAUUGAGGUCUGGGUGCCCGUCUGGGGGAAUCGGACAGCGAAAAAUGCCUCACCGCAUCUCCCUCCUUCGAGACGAUACAACAAUGAAGACACUGGUCUAGCCGAUGUGGCUGCGGUUCUCCAGGCUACGAUGGCGGGUUGGGACGAUUCGGACACAAAUAUGAGUGGUGGAAGCAGCUCCAAUUACCACUACGCCAGCCACAAUGCAACCUUGGAAGAGAUCUUCAACCAUGUCCACACCUUUUUUCCAGAAGCCCGGAUCCUCACCCUUGAAGGAGGUCACUGCAAGAAGCCUCCGAUGAUUCGGCAUUUUAGGAACGACCCCUCUGGCAAGAGUGGAUUGGAGCGCCUAGCGGUCUUGCCAAAUAUUCAGACGUUUGUUAUGCGUGGUGCCUGGAACAUCAUGCGAGAGUACCGACAUUGGUGUAACCUCGCCGAAGCGUUGCCUUCAUUGCGGGAAUGGCAUUGCGCUUACGCAAAACCUAAGAUCGAAGGAUACGACACAAUCGCCAAAGUACUGAUGAACAUGCCAUCGACGCUGAUGCAUGUGAACAUCAGUCUGGAGGGUUUCUACAACAAGGAAGGCUCUCAGCAUAACUGGUUCGGUGAUAGCCCGAGUGAGCAGCACCUGUGUCGUUUACUUGGGCAGGUCGCCCCUCACUUGGAGUCACUUACAUUUACGGGCAAGGUUUGUGCUUGCUUUUUUAGCACUGCUCGCAGCUUGAUGGCGAACAAACAGGCCGAGUCGAAGCUCAAGUCGCUUGAUCUGGUGGUCAAGACUUGUUGCCGGGAUCGUCGGGCGGAUCCAACUACCCCCUUACUGGAUGACGCCUCGGGCAUUACGAACCUCAAAUUCAUCCAGUCGUUUGAGAAUGUCAUUGUCGGUGCGGUACGUGCGUUGGAUACAUUACUCCAGCUGGAAUAUGUCCGCAUCCGGUUUAUCGACCUUGACUCCGCCUGUCCACUGCUGAAUCCCUACUUCCAACUUGUAAAUAACCGGUGCUCCGGAUUAUGGAGCGAAACGAUACUGGAAACGCUGCAUGAAGUCCGACCGAAGGCACAUUUUGUUGAGCUUGCGGAUGGGAUCUAUCCGCAAUAUGGCCCGAACCAUCAGAUCGUCGGGGCGAUCUACCCCCGAACGCGACCUCUCAGUAUCAGGGCAAGCGCAUAUAAGAUAAUCGCCGAUGCAUCAAAGGCGUGA